AUGCUCCUCGGUGCAUCUCAGCUCGUCGGAACUGCUCUCCUCGCCGCCUUGAGCGGAGCGCAGGCUUUCACUCCUGUAUCACCUCUAGCAAUCAAGCUCGCGGCCAAGCAGCCCAAGUCCUCUCUCUCUCGGCGACAGAGUUCGGAGUUCCCGCUCUAUAACUUCACCCAACCUCUCGAUCACUUCCAGGACACCGGAUUCACGUUCCAGCAGCGCUACUGGCUCAGCGACCGCCACUACAAGCCAGGCGGUCCCGUCAUCGUCUUCGAAGCUGGUGAAGGUCCCGGGGACGCUCGCAUCCCAAUCCUAGACACGGGUAUUGUGGACAUCCUCGCGAACGCUACCAAUGGCUUGGGUAUCAUACUUGAGCAUAGGUACUAUGGAGAGUCCAUCCCCGUACUCAAUUUCACCACCGACUCGUUGAGGUGGUUGAACAACGAGCAAGCGGCCGCAGACUCUGCCAACUUCAUCGACAACGUCACAUUCCCGGGCAUCGACGCUGACCUCACGGCACCCGGCACUCCAUGGAUAUACUACGGCGGCUCAUACGGCGGCGCUCGGGCCGCGCACAUGCGCGUGCUCUACCCCGACCUCGUCUUUGGCGCAAUCUCCUCGAGUGGUGUCGUGCACGCGACCGUCGACGACUACUUCUACUUCGACAUUAUCCGCCAGUUCGCGCCCGCGCCGUGCAUGGCGCGCGUCGCCGAGGCCAUCGAGGAGGUUGACGCGCUCCUCGAGGCGAACGCGACCCAUGACGCGAUCAAGGACGUCUUCGGUCUCUCCGGCCUGUCAUACGACCCAGACUUUGCGUCACUACUGUCGUCGCCGCUCGGCGGGUGGCAGAACACGAACUGGGACCCAUCGAUCAGCAGCUUGGGCUUCGCCCGCUUCUGCGCGGCCAUCGGCCCCGUCGACAAUGCGACCGUGGCCACCCCGCAGGGUAUCACCGUCAAGAAUUCUACGUUCGCAUACGCGAAGUACAUCAUUAAAGAGUUCUCUUCAGCUUGCCCUCCAGAAGAACAAGACCAGUGCUUCGGAAGCAUCACUGAUAAAGAGUUUUACGAGCAGACGGACCUCUCGCAGACCUGGCGCACAUGGAGCUUCCAAGUUUGCACCCAGUGGGGCUUCUUCAUGACCCCGCCUCCGGACCCUUCGGUUCCCCGCAUCAUCUCUAAGCUCCUCACGAUCGACUAUGGCGAGCUCACCUGCAAGCUGGCCUACGCUCCCGGGGAGUUCUUCACCGUCCCGCCUCUCCCCGACGUCGAGUCGGUGAACAAGCUCGGCAGCUACAACAUUGCCGCCGACCGCCUUGCGAUCAUCGAUGGCCAAGCCGACCCUUGGCGGGGCGACUGCCCGCACAGCCCUGACCCCGCUGCGAAGCCUCGUCCUGACACGACCCUGCGCCCCUUCAAGCUCAUCCUCAACGGCUCUGUACACCACUGGGACGAGAACGGCCUGGCUAACCCGAGCGCGGAGCCUCCCUUCAUCCACGAAAUUCACCAGGAAGAGAUCGCGUUCGUGAAGGCGUGGCUUGAGGACUUUGUGCCUCCUUCGUAA